UUGCAUUUUUUUGAAGGCAUUUUCUUUUCGACUUUUCCACGCUCACGCCGAUUUUAAUUUCAAACGUGUUUGGUUUUUGUUUUAGAAGGAUUUUAUCAAUUAUCGUUGUUAGUGUGUGGUGCGUUGCAUUCAUGAUCUCGAUAAACUUCAUUCCAGACUUGCAUAGUAUUAACUUUAAUCGAAUUCCAAGAUUUCAAGAUUUGGUGACGUACCUAUUACAAUUUCAGCUAAAGCAGACUAGAAAUUGAUUUUGAUCCGUCUUCACUGCCUUACAGUAUGAGUUACAGUUCCGAUUCUGAUUCGACUUCUUCGUCGAGUAAUUCGAGCUUAUUCGACGUCAGCAGAGAUACUGAGAGCGAUAGUUCGAGCGAGAGCGAUACCGAAACUUCCGAGGAAGAGGAUUCUAUUCCAUUGCGUGUAACGGAUUCUGAUACAUCGGAUUCUUCUUCGACAGAUUCAGAUUCUUCGUCAACCGGUAUUCCUAAAAGUUCUGAAGAAUUCGUGGCGAAACCGGUCACAGAUCUACCGGCGUUGAAGGAUAUGGCAUCUGUCUGUAUAGCUGUCGCUUUAUGGAAACAUGCGGACAUACUCCGAGGCGUUUCUGGAUUAUCCUCUAUCAGGGCUUUAUCUCAAGCCAUAUCUGUGCAGCGUUCCGCCCCGUGGAAGUCGUUAGUGCAGAAAAUCCGCCAAUCAGCAGAAAAAUUACCACUUCCGGCCACAUUAGUUGAGAAUAUUAAUCAAUACGUGACGAAAAUCGAUGGCGAAAUCCACGUUUGGGUUAAAUAUCAUCAUCGGAAAGUGUUUUUGAUAGAUUACGUGAAAUGUGCUUUGGUUUAUUGUCUCUUCGGUGACGUAAUUUGGUACUCUAAUGGUACCAUCGACUACAAGGGAACAGCCAAAAACUUGAUCACGUCUUGCAAAUUGAGCGAUGUUGUGAAGUAUCGAUUAUUGUGUUUGUACUGCUUGGAAGAUGAGAAGAUAUCACCGUUGUCGUUGGUGAAUGACAUAACGAAUAAUGUGGAUCGUCGACUUCACCCAAUUAUCCAUUACUGGAAUUGCUACCAUAGAAACAAAUUACAGAAAGUGCAUUCGAAACCAUACCCAUCUGUCGAUGUUUUCAUGUUCGAAAAUCAAGGUGUAGAUAAUUGGCCGGCUAAAGAGUAUUUUUUUGAACGUCUGUCUCCCGAAGAACAAGUAAAAAGUGCUAUAAAAUUAAUCGAUAAAUACGGCGUAACGUUUCAGCGUUUUUUACUGACGAAAUUGAACGAAUCUCAACGUUGGCACGUCUAUUUGGCCAGUCGAACCAACAGAGCCGUCAACAUGUUAGUGAAUUACGCCAAGACUGGAUUUAACAACGAAGAUGUUUAUUCACUGUGGUUCGAUAUUAGAAAUUUGAUUAACAGAGAUCAAUUCGUUAGAAUAUUCAAAAAGUUGUUCAACUUAGGAUUGCGGUUUAUUAUUUUGCAAGAUAUCUGGAACCACGCUGACGAUGAUUUUAAACAUUAUAUUUUUGAAUACAAUAACGGUGAAAUUAUCGAUAAAAUGUUGAAAACCAGUGCUAAAAGAAGAUGCGUUCGUGAUGUUUUAUUUACCAUGUUAUCGGAUUCAAACGAAGAAAUGAAAAAUGCGGUCACGAAGAAGAAUUCGUUCAAGAUGUAUUGCGAGGAAUUACUAAAGCAACAAAACUUUCAGGAAUUGAAUCAGUUAUUGAGUUUAUGCUUUCCUGUACGCGAAGAGAUGGCACGAUUCAAGAUGGAUUUUGUGAAAGAAUCCUCGAUCGUUUGGAAUAAGUGUUUGAAUUUCUAUUCGGAAGGAGAUUUGAUAAAUUUAAAUGGUUAUUUGUCUUCACUGCUGUCACCUCAUUCGGAUCUCAUCAUCGAAUACAAGAAGAAUCUGCUCAUGUCAUCGGAUGGUAUUAAUCAAUGCGUGAGGCUAUUGCUUUCAAUAAAAGAUACGUUAAACGAUAUCAUCAACGAUGUUUCUCCAUCCGACGAUUUCGCAUGCGAGUUGAAGAAGAAGAUAUUAUUUUCAAAUUCGGCCAUUCAUGUAUUAAAGCGAAAAAUUUCGAAAAACCGUUUGGACGAAGUUAAAGAAACCAUGGAUCGGUACGUCUUGUCGAACGAAGAUGAAAAAAAAUUGAAAAAAAAGUUGAUCGACGACGAUGUUCAACUCUUGCGUCAGAUUAUUCUUAAAUCCAAACAUUCGCAGUGGCAAUCGUUGAUGCUCUGGUAUUUCGAAGAUGAAAAAAUGAUAAAACAGAACAAACGCGAGCUACCUUUGAAUGAUCUAUUUAACGAAAUAUUGCUAGAAUGCGUUUUUGAAUCGUAUGAUAAAUAUCAAUCGGCGUUGCGACGAGCUGGUAAAAUUGAAUUCGUCAAAGUGGAAAAGUUCCUAACUUGGUAUUUUGAAUCAUCCAAUGCAGUCAAGAAGUACAAAUUACAGAUGUUGGAUUCGUACAAAAAAAUAGAUGUGAUUUCCAAAUUGCUGAAAGACGAUAACACGUCGUAUCUGAAGUCUGUUAUGAGCUGGUUUUUCGAAAAAGAUAUCGAACAAAUUGGAAAAUUCGAAAAGAAGCAUAAAGGGGAGAAAAUCAUUAAAACGGUCCAAUUGGCGCGCAGAAGUUGUCGCAAAUAAUUUUUAAUGUGGUUUUACUCGGUGUUUUUUCUCAGUUUUUUGUUUUUUAUUUUAAUUUUUGUAUCAUGAUUAAUGUCUUUUAUAUGUCAAGUUGAUGUGUCUUAUACUAUAUGUUCUCCGAAUAUCAAUGGUCUAAUUACUUA